UUUAAUGUGAUUGCAUGAAUAUGAUGCCAGGCACCGCGACUGCUCUCUCGAGCAUCUGCAAGCGAGAAGCUAGUCAACUUCCUCACGCAUCACCAACCACGACUCGAUCAACACCAAAAACGCCCGAAAAGUCCUCCAAAUACAGCAAUACAUGAGCUACAUUCUUAGAAGAAGUUCACAGCGCCACGGCUAGCAAUUCCCAGCCGCGACAAUCGACAGGAGCUCGUGACUCACACUUGAAAGAGAUAGAUUUGGUAGGCGGGUCGAACAUGGCUGAGACUGGGGCUCAAGAAGCCAUGUCCAACUUGACUCUGAAGGGAGAAGAGUCAAAGACCACGACACAGAAACAGAAGACGUCAAACAAGAAGGGGUCUGAAUCACAGCUCACACCAGAAAAGUUCGCCCCCUACGAUCUAGCAUCAGCACCGACUGUGUCUUCUGGUCUGCCGCCUGAGAUUUGGUCUAUCGUACAGUCUGCCCCUGCCAACUUCACACCGCAGCACUUCCUGGACGUCAGCCGCAAUCUCCUUGAGAAUCCCAAUUUGACCGCUUCGCACCUUGCUCGUGCAGAGCUUUCAUACGCUAGCUUCAAUGAUGCUUCAUACAAUCCACAAGCCACAACAUCCCUGGAGUUGGCAGACAUCGUCAAGCAUUUGCGCGCCGAAUGCCGUCCACGUCUCGUUGAAGGCGGUAUAGAUGGCUACGACCUGACUUGGACGGUAGUCCGAAAGAUGAUACCCCGGAACCCAAAGGUAGACAAUGCAAUGUUGCAGACCUGCCACCUCUUCACCUCGACCGCACCCACUACAGUUUGUGUAGAUGGGAAAACAGAAACCGUGGAUUCAGAGCGUUACCUCGUAGUCUACAUCCCGCACGCUUCUCAGCCCGAGGAAAUUCCAUACUACCACCCUAUCGUCCAGCGCCUUGCAAUCCUCUACACCUAUUUCCCCGCCCCUUCUGCCCUCCUCUCUUCGUCAGGCCACCUCUCCAUCUACUUCGACCUCUUCCCGUCACACCCACUGGACAACAGACUCUCGCGCACCGCUCUGAAGCUGCUCGAGAUCAUCCACAAGCACUCGCGCGGCCGCCAGGCAGGAUACAAGAAGCGCGUGCACCAUGAUCAAAUCAUCCCGCAAAAGCCGUUCCAAGACACAUAUGCGUAUUUGAAGGGCAAGUACGCGAAAGCGCUGAUCGAGGGAUGGGUCGAGCAGACACCGCCUGGUAAACACGUCUUUGAGGACCUGGGCAUUAGCGCGUUUCUUAUGGAGCUUUGGGUGAGUAUGUAUGGAGAGGGCGAGGGCGAGGAGAGAAGAGCCAGCGCGCAAAAGGCCUUCCCUGGGUUUGUCGAUAUUGGUUGCGGCAACGGACUCUUGGUGUACAUUCUGAACGAAGAGGGGUGGCGAGGAUGGGGGUUUGAUGCCAGAAGACGGAAGACGUGGGAUACAUUUCCAGAGGCGUUGCAGGGAAAGUUGAAAGAGAUGCUACUCAUCCCCGAGGUUUUGACGACUGGAGCAUCGCUCAAUGAUGAGCCAAACGAGCUGGGCCCGCCGAGUCACAAUGGCGUCUUCCCAGCAGGGACGUUCAUCGUCUCGAAUCACGCCGAUGAACUUACGCCGUGGACACCACUCCUCGCUUCCCUCUCCUCGUCGCCUUUCAUCGCGAUUCCAUGCUGCAGUCACGACUUUGGAGGCACCCGGUUCCGCGCACCAGCGGUCAAGAAGUAUGUUCCGGAUGAUGGGCAACCCAAGGGGAACAAGAACGCGCAACCGAGUGCGUAUGCAAGCCUGUGCUCAUGGACGAGCGCGUUGACAGAGAACAUGGGGUUUGUGGUCGAGAAGGAGCACCUCAGGAUUCCGAGCACGAGGAAUAUUGCGGUGGUGGGGAGGAAAUUUGAAAAGGAAGACGACAGCAGGGGCUUAGAGGAAAGACUGCAGUACGCGAGAGAAGUUGUUGAGAAAGAGAUGGGUGGGCAGGUCGGUAUUGAGCAGGUAAGGGUGCAAUGGGUUGCAAGAGGGAGUGGAUUGAUGAAGCCUGGGAAGGGUGGGCACUAGACGACAUGGCUUGCUGCCAUGUACACUAUCAAGAGACAAGCUGAAACCACACGUCACAGACCGGACAGAGCUCACUGAUCGAAUUGGGUAUCAUUGUGAAAGUGGUCGUCGAGUGCGAAGCCGCGUCUCGUACGAGGAAUACAUUCGUGGUAUCAUCCUUUCAUUUCGCCGUAUGCCACCAGGUCCUGUCCCUUUUUGUAAUGCAGCAGAAGAUGAUCCUGUAUCUAGUCGGUAAUCCUUAAGCAAAGGUCAAUUGCUUAAGAAGCAGGGGCACCACGGCCCCGCCCGAAGCCACCACG